AUGGGAAACGCUAACGGCAGAGAAGACGGAUCCAUUUCCGCCGCGGCCGAUCCCUCUGUUCCUGAACCUUCCGUACGUGUACCUCACGCGCCGGAUUCUCGUCCUCCGGUUCGCGCUUUCUCAUCCGAUUCAAUGGCCAAUAGCCCGCCGCAGAGUCCUCGCCGCUCCAGAUCGCCGAUCCUUUUCGGUCCUCAGGUUCCUCUAGCUCCAUUACAAAGAGGCAAUGGCCCUCCUCCUUUUCUCAAUCAAAUGUGGCAGAAUGAGUCUCAUGGUAUUGUUAAUCAACCUCCUGAGCAAGGAAUCCCUGUCAUGAUAACAUGGAACUAUGGUGGUAACAACGUGGCUGUGGAGGGAUCUUGGGAUAACUGGGCCUCUAGGAAGGCACUGCAGCGAGCUGGCAAGGAUCACUCAAUAUUGAUAGUCCUUCCGCCAGGUAUAUAUCAUUACAGGUUCAUUGUUGAUGCUGAAGAGAGAUUUAUUCCAGACCUUCCUAAUAUAGCUGAUGAGAUGGGACAUGUCUGCAAUCUUCUUGAUGUUAAUGAUUAUGUGCCAGAAAACCCCGAUGGUGUGUCUGAGUUUGAAGCGCCACCCUCCCCCGAAUCCAGUUAUGGUCAGGCAUUUCCAUCUGAGGAGGACUUUGCGAAAGAGCCAAUGUCUGUUCCUUCGCAACUGCAUCUUACUGUCUUAGGUAUGGAAAACUCUGACGUAGGUUCCUCUUCAAAGCCCCAACAUGUUGUGCUAAAUCACGUCUUCAUAGAGAAAAAUUUGGCCUCAAAGUCUGUUGUUGCCCUGGGACUGACUCACAGAUUCCAGUCCAAAUAUGUGACAGUUGUCCUUUACAAACCACUCAAGAGGUAA